AUGGUAAGCUAUCUGAAGCCUAAUCUCGUUCCUGCUUACAUCCAAUCUCCGCAGUUUAACCCUUCCAUCUAUGACGAACCAGAGGAUGUGAACAAAGAAGAAUCACUCUACAAACAGCAGAAUGAUCCAUUUUACAGCGAGUGUCGAGCCUAUGGAAGGUUGAAAGAAACAAACAAUGAAAAGCUAGCGGUCAAGUGCUAUGGAUAUGUCAUUUUUAAUAACGUAGAAGAACAGACUUGUCUUACCAAAAGUAAAACAUCGCUGAAAGGGUCGCAUUCUAGCACAGGCCACUUUGACCCAUUGCUACUCCGCGAGGAGGACGAUCCACGUCCGAUAAGAGCACUCGUCAAAGACCUGAUAGAAGGGGUGCCUAGCUUCACGCGCUCACAGGUUAUCGGAAUGAUCGCAGAUGUUAAGAAGAUCCACAAGAUCGGCAUAUGUCUCGGUGGAGACAUUCGAAAAGAUGCCUACGUGGGUGGUAAAUUGGUUGAUUUUAGUCGAUCUCAAACAGUGCCACAUGAUUACCUCGAUGGUAUCCAUCGCAGGCGCGAUAACUUGAACGCAACGACAGAUGUGGAGACUUUUGAUGAUAUGAUCGACGAAUGGAACGAAAAUCACCCAGAACAGUAUAUCUGGAGAAGACUAGCAGUGAACAGUGAUUAUGUCGGGAAAUUGCGUGGAGCGCGGCGCAUCUGGGAUGGUUCUAUAGAUCACUUGUGGGAUACGAAGUUCAACCCUGCAGAUUAUGAUUGGAAGAGCAUAAAGAGGGAAAAGAGCAUGAGAAAUACCUGCCGUAUCAACAAAAAGGGGGAGAGAAUGAAAGUGGGAACAUGA